AUGGACAAAAUUAAAAAAAUAUUAUCAUCAGAUGCUCCGAUAACAGAUAAGGAACUUAUCACACCGAGGAAUUCAUUUCUCGGUGAUGCAGAACUAAACUAUGGUCUUGACCCAGCCGCAUCAACAUCAGAAAAGAAAAAUGAUAAAAUUCUAGUGGAAGACAAUGAACUAGUUGAUGGUUCUGCAAAUGGCAAUAUUUCAGAAUAUGAUGUGGAAAAAGGUGUUUUAAACGCAGUAGUUUCCCAAAUGAGCAGCAGCUAUGAUCCAUUGGCGCAAGAACUAUCUGGAGAAAUUGUUGCUGAUGAAUAUGCGGGUGUUACUGUUGAAGAUGACUCGCCUUAUCCGGAAGUUAGAGCUGCCGUUCCAAGUACUGAUGACCCAACUAUUCCUCAAAACACUUUAAGAAUGUGGGUUCUUGGAAUUCUCAUGACUAUGAUCGGUAGCGCUUUAAAUUUAUUGUUUUCCAUGCACUCACCAUCAAUUGUUUUAACUUCAUUUGUCACUUCCAUUUUGGCCUGGCCCAUUGGUCGCUGUUGGGAAAAAAUUGUUCCUGAUGUCCGUCUAUUCGGCAAGUAUGGUGGCCCAAGAUUGAACCCGGGUCCAUUCAAUAUCAAGGAACACACUUUGAUUACCAUUAUGGGCAAUGUUUCAUUUGGUGGUGGUAACGCUUAUGCCACCGAUAUUUUGUUGGCUCUUCACAACUUUUACCAUAAAGACUUUGGUGUUGGUUUUGAUAUCCUAGCCAUUCUAUCUACCCAAUGUCUUGGUUUUGCAAUGGCCGGUAUGGUUCGUAAAAUCUUGGUCAGUUCUCCAAGCAUGAUAUGGCCAAGUAACUUAGUCUCGUGUACUUUUUUAACCAAUAUGCACAUCAACGAGAAUCAUGUAGCUAACGGAUGGAGAAUAUCUAGAUUGAAAUUUUUCUUGAUUGUUUUCAUAGCCGGUUUUGUCUGGUAUUGGUUCCCGGGUUACAUUUUCCAAGCUUUAAGUUAUUUUGGAUGGGUCACUUGGAUUAGACCUAAUAACACUGUUUUGAACCAAGUUUUCGGUGUCUCUACCGGUUUAGGCUUGAUCCCAAUAACUUUUGAUUGGAACCAAAUUGCCGGUUACAUCGGCUCCCCAUUGGUUCCACCAAUUAGUGUUAUCUUCACAACCAUGCUUUCCGUUGUUGUUAUUUUUUGGGCCGUCGUCCCUGCAAUUCAUUACUCCAGUGUCUGGUACGGCAAGUAUUUACCUAUUAGUGAUAGUAGUUCAUAUGAUAGAUUUCAACAAACUUAUAAUUCUUCCAAGAUUGUCAACUCAGAUUUAUCUCUCAAUUUGGAUGCAUAUAAAAAAUAUUCUCCAUUAUAUUUAUCCGCUACAUUUGCUAUCAGUUAUGGGAUGUCUUUUGCAUCAACCACUGCCACGGUGGUUCAUGCAUUUUUGUUCCAUGGUAAACAAAUAUAUAACCAGGUAAGAAAUAUGAAAACAGAGAAAAAGGAUAUACAUGCUAUAUUGAUGGAAAGGAAUUAUAAAGAGUGUCCUACUUGGUGGUAUAUGGUCGUUUUUUUGGUCUUUUUUGCAUUGGCCAUUGCUACCAUUAGAGCUUGGAACACUGAAAUGCCAGUUUACAGUUUAGUAGUUGCAUUAUUAAUUGCCUUGUUCUUUUUAUUGCCAAUCGGUAUAAUAUAUGCACUAACUAAUAUUGCAGUCGGGCUAAAUGUCAUCACUGAAUUCAUUGUUGGGUUCAUGGUUCCAGGUAAACCAGUUGCCAUGAUGUUUUUUAAAACUUUUGGUUAUAUCACUAACAAUCAAGCCAUCACUUUUGCUCAAGAUCAAAAAUUAGGCCAUUAUAUGAAGAUUGCACCUAGAUUAUUGUUUGUUGCACAAUUCAUUGCUUCUAUCUGGGGUGCUUUAGUUCAAAUCGCAGUACAACAUUGGGCCUAUGGUGCUAUUGAUGAUCUAUGUAGCGAAACACAAAAGGAUAGAUUUACUUGUCCAAAUGGACGAGUCUUUUACAAUGCUUCAUUAAUUUGGGGUUGUAUUGGUCCUCAGAGAAUGUUUGUCUCCGGUCAAUUAUACAACAAGCUAUUGUGGUUCUUUUUGCUAGGUGCUGGUUUGCCCUUUGUUAACUGGUCUAUAUUGAAAAAAUGGCCAAACCAUUGGAUCAAAUAUUGUAAUUGGCCAGUCUUCUUUAGUGCCACUGGUUAUAUUCCACCAGCCACACCAUACAAUUAUACCACAUAUUGUAUUGUUGGUAUGAUUUUCGGUUAUUUUAUUAAGAAAAGAUGGUAUCAUUGGUGGGCCAAGUAUAACUAUUCUUUGAGUGCUGGUUUAGAUAUUUCUUUGGCAUGGUCUUCAUUGAUCAUCUUUUUAUGUUUAUAUUUAACUAAUGCUCCUGGUAUUACCUGGUGGGGUAACGAUGUUCUAAACGAAACUACUGAUAUGUUAGAUACGGCGAUUCAAGUGACUUUACCUGAUGGGCAAUGGUUCGGUAGAGAUAAAUGGUAA